AUGCAAUCGUUAAACGACUUGAACAACGACAUGAAUUCAAACAUUAUAAUUGUAUUAUUCUGGGUAAAUCAAUUUAUGUCUUUGAGUAACACAGAAGUACUAACUAUUUCGACUAAAGGUUGUACGAUACCUUCUUUUGCUAAUAACGAGAAAACCAUUAUAGCUUUGAAUGAAUCUAAGAUUAAUUUUAGUUGCCCGAGUUUUCGUCGAUUGAUCGAUGCCAACAAAACGCACAUCUGGGUUAUUAAAGACGCCUUUGAAGAAUUUAAUAUUUGGAAUGAAAAUAGUUUUUACUGUUGCUACAGAAGCUUUUCUGCUAUAAACAACAUAUCUAAUAUCGUAUACAAAGACUGUAGGCAAUUUUCAAAAAUCAUUAAGGCGGAAGAUGACUUCGUACGAAUACAAUGUUAUUAUGAAGACGACAGAGUAUUCGAAGAUUUUUUUUUAUUCCACAUUGAAGAUGCAACCAAACAACAUGCGCUGAUUGACAAAAACCUGUUCAACGUGAUAAUUAUUGGUUUAGAAAGUGUGUCGAGAAUGAAUUUUCAUCGCACAAUGAGAUUAACAUCGAAAUAUUUAGAAGACCACGGAGCCGUAGAAUUCUUUGGUUACAACAAAGUGGGUGAUAAUUCUUUUCCUAAUUUAUUUCCCGUUUUGACAGGAAAAUCUUUUAAGUACCUUAAAAGAAAACUAAGAAAUGAAUUUGAACAAUGGAAUUUUAUUUGGGAUGAUUAUAAAAAAGCAGGAUUUAAUACUGCAAUGGGGUCAGACAGUAUCGCUGGUUUACUCGGGUCUUACGAGUACAAUUGGGAAAAAAUUCCAACAGACAACUAUUUACAACCAUUUAUGUUCGAAGCGAGGCAUAUGUUCCAUGACAAACAGUACAACUACCACAAGUGCCUAGGUGAUAAAUUACUUUACAAGAUACUUCUGGAUUACAUCAGUGAUAUAACUAUUAAGCUAAAAUCAGUAAGAUUAUUUGGUUUGUUUUGGGAAGAAUCUAUUAGUCAUGACGAUCUCAAAUUACCUCAUAUUAUGGAUGAAGAUUACCUAAAUCUUAUGAAAAAAAUUGAAUUCAUCGGUAGUUUACGUAAUACUGUGAUCAUUUUCUUCAGUGAUCAUGGAAAAAGAUGGGGAAAGUUUGUUGAAACAAAACAAGGCCGUUUAGAAGAACGUCUACCACUUCUUACUAUUAUGCUACCUGAAACUUUUAAACGACGUUACACGUUAGCCUUCAAAAACUUGCAACAGAAUAGUCGUGGCCUAACAACUCCGUUUGAUUUCCACGAAACCCUGUUGGACCUUUUGAACAUAACUAAAUUAGAAAACCAUGUUAUUCGUGAAAGAAUGAGUGUUUCAAAUCAAAAUGACAAAGUAUCUAGUUUAUUUUUACCUAUAAGUUCUAGAAGAACAUGUAAGGAUGUAGGCAUACUGCAACACUGGUGUUCUUGCUACAACGGCAGGAGUUUACGGACAGAUUCAAAAGACAGUAUACUUGCUGGCCAAUAUAUGAUUUCACAUAUAAAUAAUUUACUGAAAAGCUAUCACCAGUGUAAAAAAUUAAGAUUGAAAAAAAUCUUAAGUGCUAAUGUAGAAAAACAUACGAACGAAGAAAUUUUUAGGGUAAUCGUGAAAAGUUCGCCUGGAUCUGGAAUAUUUGAGAGCACUAUGUACAGAGUCCAACAACAGUGGAUAAUUUCAGAUAUAAUUACACGACUUAGUCUUUAUCGAAAUGAAAGCUCUUGUGUUAAUAACGAAAUAAUAAAAAUGUAUUGCUUAUGUAAAUAG